AUGGAGGUCGGCGUGAGGGCUGCUCUGGGGCUCUCCCUCACCAGCAUGACUGGCCUCAGCCUCAUCUCUCCCGCCUGGUUCCAGAGCCCUUUCUCCUCCUAUGGUGUCUUUACCUACUGCUCCUGGCCACAGGAUGACAGCUGGAACCAGAGCUGUGUGACCUUUUGGUCCCUGAAGGACAUGCCCACCUUGCCCUGGAAGGUCUCAGCUGCAAUGCUCCUGGGAGGCUGGCUUUUGCUGUCCCUCAGCGCUCUUCUCCUCUCAGCCUGGGCACUGGCUCCCAGAAGGUUGUUUCCCAGGAGGGGCUUUGGUCCAACACCCGUGGUGCAGGCAGCAGCAGCAGCCUCCACACUUGUAGGUCUGCUGGUUUUUCCAGCCACUCUGGCUUCCCCGUUCGCCAAAGAAGUCUGCAAAGGAUCCUCCAUGUACCAUAGCGGAACAUGCUGGCUGAGUUGGGGCUAUGCCAUGGCCAUCCUCAAUGUGGUCCUGACCAGCCUGCUUGUCAUCAGGUGGCAAACGACCCCGGUCCAGAGGGUAGCGGUCCCCUUCUCCAGUGACACGCAAGGAGUCAUCCUUGUGCCAGAAUAAGGAAAUGAGUGUCGCCCAGGAAAAGCAAACGGCAAAGAACAUUCUCUACAGUCAGGUGAAAUUGCUACACACUCAGGUUCAAAACCCGCCUCAUCUGCUCCCAUGCUGUGUGACCUCGGGCAAAUCCCUUUCC